AUGGGUAAUUGUGUUGCUUGUAUCAUUGAAAUACAUAAUAAUACAGAUCUGUAUUUAUUAAGACCAUACAAAAAUCAUUUUUCUUGGGGGAGAUUAGAAUAUGAAACAGAAGAAAAUGAUAUACUAUACCCAAAUCAAAUAUCAAUCAAAGGUGUUCAAGGUAGAACCGGUAGUAUCUCUGGAGUACAGGAUUAUUUCAUUUACGAUGUUGUAAACCGAAAUAAUAAUACUGAAAUUGGUCAGGUAAAAUUAAUUUUCGAUGUUCCAUACGAUACAAAUAGAUUUUCAAGAUCUACAAAGUUUGAAAUAACUAAUUAUAGUGAUGAAGUUGAUAUUAAAAUUAAAACUGAUGAAAAAUGGAGUGGGUAUGGAUUUGGAAAUAAUUUAUGUAAAUUUAUUAUAACUUAUGAAAUUCCAAAUCGAUAUUCAUUGAGACCAUUUGAUAAUGAAUUUAAAUGGGGAUAUUUAAAAUAUAAAACUGAUAAAAAUGAUAUAAUAUACCCAAGACAAACAUCAAUCAAAAUUGUUCAAGGUAGAGAAAAUAGCAUGUCUGGAGUACAGGGUAGUUUCACUUAUGAUGUCGUGGAACGAAAAAGUAAUAAUGAAAUAGCUCGGAUAAAAUUACUUUUCGAUAUCCCAUUUGAUACAAAUAGAUAUUCAAAAGCUGCAAAAUUUGAAAUAAUCGAAAAAUAUACUGAUGACGAAAUUUUCAGAAUUGAAACUGUUGAAGAAUGGAGUAGAUUUGGAUAUGGAAAAAAUAAAUGUAAAUUUAUUAUAAUAAACAAUCAUUUCGAAAAUCCUAUAACUAAAGAUCCUAUAAUCGAAACAAAAUCAAUAAAAAAACUCAUUAAAAAUAAAGAGGAUAAAAAAGAUAAAUAUAAAAAAAAAGAAAAAUUUAUUAAGUCUAGAGGAUAUUUAAAAUAUGAAACUGAAGGAAAAGAUAUUAUAUACCCGAGACAAAAAUCAGUCAAAAUUGUUCAAGGUCAGAUAAAAUUGAUUCUUGAUGUUCCAUUUGAUUCAAAUCUAUAUUCAAGAUCAAUAGAUUACAAAAUAACUAAUUAUAGUGAUAUCAUUAUCAAAGUUGAAACUAAUGAGGAAUGGGGUGGAUAUGGAUUUGGAGAAAGUAAAUGUAAAUUUACUAUAACUAAUGAACUUGCAUUUGGUCCUCCAGAAUGA